AUGCCAACGGCGGAAGCGGACGAGCGGCGGAAGCCCGAGAGGCCUUGUGGCCGCACCCCAAGCCCCGCAUGCCCGGAGGUCGCCGCCCUGGAGCGCGAGCGCGUGCGCGCGCACCUGCGGGCCCGCCGGACGCUGCUGGAGGUGGCGAACCUGCUGGACGAGCUGCAGAGCGAGGUGGACACCUCGGCGGAGGGUGUCCGGGGCCCCGGCCGCUGUGCUGCCGGCGAAGCGGAGGAGCGGGUGCUGCAGCUGUGCCAGAAGGCGGAGAGGAAGGCAGCCGAGGCCGCGCUGGUGGGGCGGAGGAUCGUAGAGCUCCACUGGCAGAUAGACCGCUGCGGGUGCUCCUGAAGGAUGCGGGGGCGGAGGCUUGAGGUCAGAGUUCUGCAAGACAGAAGACAUUGCCUGGCUGCAGCUGCUGAAAGGAGAGCCCAGACCGGCCAAGGAUGUGGAUGCCGCUGCUUUGGAUCAGAUUGAGAAGCCCCUGGAGGGUUGUUGGGCAUGGAGAGCGGUGGGGUCUGCAUUUUCAGAUUCUGUAGUCUGUCAGAUCAAAGGAGGAGAGUUGUGUUCUUUUCAUUUUUGUUUGCUUGUUUCUUUUUUUCAGAAAUGUAGUUUUUCUGUGGCAUGUUAACUGGUGCACAUCUUGUAACCUGUCUGGUGAGUAACCUAGAAUAAGGGAUGAGUUCUAGGUACUGUGUGUAUUGGCUGACUUUGGGGCACGCUUUUUUGAUGUAAUCAUGCAUUUCAGGAGCUUCUCUGCCACAGCUGCCUGUGACAUGUGCAUGACCUGGAGGGUUUGGGGAGGGGAGCAUGGGUCUGACCCUGGCAGGCCCCAGAAUGAUAGCAGGAAGCUUCUUCCAGGCUGAGAUGAUAUCUAGCCUUGGUCCUCACAGGCUGAGACCAGAGCUCUAGCUUUCUUUGAUAAUGUUCAGUUGCCUGGAAAAACAAAUGCUGAAAGCCAGUUUUUAGAACCCUUGUGCAAAUAACCCAAGCCAUUGACUUGGCCAAGAAAAGGUGAGAGGAAUAAAUUCUUUUCAGAGUAAAA